AUGCGAACCUUGCGCCUGCGAGAUAUGAGGCGGGUGGCGCACAAGCUCUUCGUUCGGGAGGGCUUCCAGGGACUCUACGCCGGGAUCUCGGCGGCUUGGCUGCGCCAGGCCGUUUUCGGCACCCUUCGCCACGGGCUCUAUGGCGUCUUCGAGAGAUGGGGCAAGGCAGAUGCGGGUCCCAUCCCGUUGCUUUGGCGCCUACAAGCCGCGCUGGCUGCCGGCGUGGUCGCUGCGGUGGUAGCGAAUCCAACGGACGUGGUACUGAUUCGGAUGCAGUCGGACGCCGGAUGGCCGGCGCACCAGCGUCGAUCGUACGGCCAUGCUCUUCACGGCCUGGUGCGAGUGUGGCGUGAGGAGGGGUGGCAGGCCCUGUAUCGCGGCGUUGGGCCAACCACGGCUCGGGCUGCGCUGGUGACGAUGUCGCAGCUGGCCACCUAUGAGGAGGUGAAGUCGCGGGCGCUCGCAGCCGGUUCGGUGGAGAGCGUCAGGCUCCACCUCGGCUGUGCGAUGGCUUCAGCCACUGUGGCCUGCCUGGCCACGCAGCCAGUGGACUGCGUGAAGACACGCAUCAUCAACAUGCAGCAGACGUGCGGCAUCUCUUACGCAGGCCCCGUGGAUGUGAUACGCAAAACAUUGGCCACGGAGGGCAUCCUGGCAUUUUACAAAGGCCUGUCUGCGACAUUCCUACGACUAUGGCCACACACCGUGCUUCUUUGGCUGGGCCAAGAGUCGGUGACAUCUCAACUCCGCUCCCUGGAGCUCUGA